AUGCCGCCUCCCAACUCGGCAUCACACGGCACUCCAACCGUGUCUCCCACGACUCCUGCGCCUGGCCCGUCGCAACGUGACUCGAAUUUCGAUCCAUCCACCCCCGUGGAGAGCGACAACGCCCAUGACGAUAAUGUAAACUUCCUUCGGUCUCGCUCUCUACUGCAUAAUCCCUCAUUACCGCCCCUAAGCCGGCAUCGUCAUCGUCGGUACCCACCACCUUAUCCGCAGCCGAUGGAGGACGACGAGGAUCCCAUGGAGGUGAAUGAGCCCAACAUGCGCCCACCAGUCCAAAUUAUCCGUCGCCUCCCUAUCGUUCUACGUCCACAAGAUUCCACCUCUGCGAAUAGGCCCACCUACGAGGACCGCCGAUCAAAUUCCCGAUCGCUAUACGGCUGGGCGCCCGGUUCAGACGACGAGGAUGAGGACGCUCGUGCCGGUGAAUCAGAAGACGAUCAGAUUCAGCCUUUUCUCCAUGCCAUCUCAGACCGCAGUACGUCAUCAAGUCGACCCCGGCGACAUGAACCGACUGGUCCCACACCACCCAUCGGCGCAGGCGACAGAGAGGAUACAUCCGAAGGACAUCGGACUCAAACGAUCUCAACAAUGGAGGCCCUGUUGCAGUCGGCGAGGCGACAACCCCGGUUAUCGCGAACGCGCACGCUAGAAAGUUACCUCCUGGACAGAUAUAACCGCUCCAACGACGAUUCGGAAGAGACCGAGCGAGCGGGAGUGGGUUCCUCAUCUCGGGCAUACCGAUACCGACCCGCAAACCGAGGUGAAUCCCAUCGAAUACUCACCCACAGUGACUUGCGUGCCCGGGCUGUCGCACACCGGCAGUUAUAUUCUGGAACCCCUGCAGAUUCGCUUCUGAAGGAUACAAUCAACUAUCUGGAUCAUCUACGCUAUUCCAAUUCCGUCGAGGAGAGUAUCAGCUCGGCUCACGCAAGAGGUUUUCUGUCACCAGAGAACUUCUCUAGCGAUUUCAUCCUUGACAUAAACAGCAUCCUCCCGCCAGCGGCCUGUUCUUGGCUCCAACCUGGCGUUGUUUUUACUGGUUGUCAAAGGGCUGCCAAUGCCGGCUGCUCGGUCGUGUCCAGCGAGCCUGUUAUUGUCAAUGGAAGUGAUAGCACCGCUAGGAUCAGUGUCUCCACAGCCAGUGGACGACGAUAUUUAGCCAACAACCGCGACGAAAAUUGGCCCGUCAAGGUCACCAUCCACAAUAUUAAUUACAGCGAAAUGACUCUGUCCGGUACAAUGGAGGCCUAUAACAUUCCCGACAAGACUUCACCAACCCAAGAUGCGCAUAUUGUGACUUUCUUGGAAGGAGAAAUAAUUGAUUUCAACAAACAUACACUGGAGACAAAGAAUUUCAAAGCAGAUGCCGAUACUGACACUACCUAUUGGCGAGAGCUUCAACCAUUCAAAGACCUGCCAGAUGCCGACAUAGCCAAAAAUCUUGUUAGUCGUACAUGGAUUACCGAGAAACUAGCGCAAGGUUGGAUCUUGAUGCGAUGGAAGGAACGAUGCUUCAUCACCCCAACAGAUUCUCGUCAAGGACUCACUAUAUCUGGCUUCUAUUACAUCUCGCUCAACCGAGAAGAUGGCCAUAUCGAGGGUCUAUACUAUGACCCUGGAAGCUCUCCCUAUCAACAACUUUCAUUGAAACCACAGACCGUCACGAUGAGCCGUCCGUCUUAUUCUUUCCGGUAG